AUGUGUCUACAAAAACAACUACAUGAAAUCUAUUAUAUGCAACAAGACAUGAAUCCAAUAACAUCUUUGGUAUAUUAUGAUGGUCAUUGGAAUGAAAAUAAUGUGUAUGAGGAUUUCAAAAUGCUUGGAGUGUUAAUACCAUUAGAUUGCUCAUUUACAACACUAAUGAAUAUCUUGUCUACAGAGUUGUCUACCAUUUUGUCAACAGAAAAUGCAACAAUUAAGUACCAGAUUGCAGAAACAUUGCCUCCAUUGAAGAUCAAUAACACAUCAACAUUGUCUAUAGAUGAACCUCAAGAACUACCAAAUUUCAUUCAAUUGGCAAAUCAAAUUACAGAUUUGAUUUUGGAGAAGGGACAACAUGAAUCAAUUCCUGAACACAUCGGAACAGAAACUACAGUUAUAACUCAUGCGAUUUAUGAUGGAAUAAGAGAAAAACAGUUCAAGGUCCACAAAUCUUGCAAAAAAGAAUAUAAGUUGAAAUGCCUUGAUUCAGAAUGUACGUGGUCAUUUCGUGCUACAAGAUAUGGAAAGACAGAUAUGUUCCAAGUUAGGAAGUUCAAUCAUGCCCACACAUGUUCCUUGGACAUUAUUCUUAGAGAUCACUGCCAAGCUUCAAGCAGUAUGGCUGGGAACAUUGUGAAGACCAAGUUCACAGAUCCAAAAACAAAUUAUAGACCUAAAGAUAUAGCUAAAGACAUGUUGGACAGAUAUGGAGUUUCCAUGAGUUACCAAAAAGCAUGGAAAUCUAAGGAAAAAGCAGUUAAUUUUGUACAUGGGUCAAGUCAAGAUUCCUACUUAGACAUUCCACGAUAUCUGCACGUUUUGAAGCACAAAAAUCCAGGUACUGUAAUAGAUUUGGAAAUUGAUAGUCUAAACAGAUUCAAAUAUCUUUUUAUGGCUAUGGGACAAUCAAUUCUAGGUUGGAAACAUUGCAUUCCAGUAAUUGUUGUUGAUAGAACAUUUCUAAAAGCUCCAUUUGGGGUUACACUUCUCAUAGCUUCAACACAAGAUGCAAAUAGACACAUCUUCCCAUUGACUUUUGCUAUAACAGAUUCUGAAAACAAUGAUUCGUGGGAGUGGUUCUUCAGAAAAAUAAAAGAAUGUUAUGGAGAAAGAGAAGAGUUGUGUAUAGUUUCAGAUGGACAUGAAAGCAUAGAGAAUGCUAUCAAAAAUGUCUAUCCAAAUGUAACUCAUGGAGUGUGCUCCCACUAUCUUUUAUGCAACAUAAAGACCAAGUUUAGAACAGAUGCAGAAGCAACCAACAUGGCAUUUCAUGCUGCUGCAAAAGCUUAUAACAUGGAAGAUUUUGAGAAAUACACGAAGGACUUGGAUAGUUUACAUGAAGGAAUUCGCCCUUUUUCUGGCCAAUGA